UUGACUGCUGGUUGGAAAACAUUACACGCACGCACAAAUAAUGCACACAUACGAACAAACAAGCGCGCGCACGCACGCGAUGUUCUGUGCACGCGAAGAGGUAACACAUACGACAAUAAGCGCGUACGUGUGUAUGAUAUUAUGUACUAUGCGAUGCGGCGCGCGUGGCCGGCCGUGUGCGCUAGAACAGUCUGCGCUUGACCACGCGGUCGUAUGGUCAUUACACUGCGUACGAUGGUUCGUCUGUGGAUGGUCGCGCUCCUGAUGCUGUUUACCGACCGACGGUCGCUUGGGAUCGGCCACGGGCCAGCCACCCAGGCCACCGAAGUCGUACCCGCAACCACCGACGAAGACGUCGACGGCGACGCAGCCUCGGCCAACGCUACCGAAAUCGCGUCAGUCGGGUGUAAUUAUAAAGGACGAAGUUAUGAUCCAGGAUCAUUGGUUAAUACAGACCAACCAUGCUUAAAAUGCACGUGUGUAACCGGAAGUUUGGUAUGCCAUUUGCAAGUUUGUCCAGAAUUGCCAGAUCCACCACCUCAGGGAUGUGUGAUUGUCCACAAGAAGAACAAAUGUUGUGCACAUCUUCAAUGUUUCUAUGAAUCAAAAUUAAUAAUUUGUUUACUUUUGCAUAAAUUAAAAUUAAAGACAAUUUUGGUUAUUUGUUGGUGUUUUGCAUAUUACGUAAACACAGAUUGUCGCAUAAACGGUCGGCUGAUAUCGCUGGGAGAGCCCGUGAUUGGCGUGGCGCGGUCGUCGUGCGAAACUUGUUUCUGCAUCAACGGUCAGGUGCGAUGUGACAAGGUGAUAUGUCCGCCAAUCCGCGCCCAAAUAUCGCCCAAUUGCGGACCGGUCUACUCGGAAGGGCACUGCUGCCCGACAAGCUACAACUGCAGCAGCACUAGCAGCAACGAAUCUCACGUUAGUCCGACUGUCAUUCUGACGACGACGACGACGACGACUUCUGCUGGUGUUGUUGCGACAACGCAGCCGUCCACCGUGACUGUCGAUGAUGAUGUCCUGCUUAGUAGUUCGCCAUCGCCUUCGCCGCUGCCGACGCCGACGCCUACGGCUGCCCAGAUGAUGGUAGAGACUGAUAGUGCAUCCAAUAUCACUGUCAAUWCAAAGAAUGUUACCGAUCAAAUUACAGAAGAACCCAUAGAAUCGAGAAAUGCUAAUCCUGCUAGUUUGAUUCACGAUGACUUUGGUGGAUUGAAAGUAACUGAAAAAUCUAAUAACUUUGAAAUGGAUUAUGAUGACCCAACGUUGCCGCCAUCUUUACCAAACCUCAAAAUCAUUCCGUUCGUUGCAGCAGAUGCAGUUGUUGAUGAACCGCCUGCAGCUUAUGAAAAUUAUCAACCGGAGAUAGAACGAGUGUACAAUGUAACAGACGUCGAAGAACCUCCUUUACCCGUCGUCAAUAGUUUUUCUCCACCUAUUGAAACUGAAGGUGGGUUCAUUCCAAAAGAUUCUCCAAAUGGUGCGCUUUAUUUACCUGACAAAUUUCGAAAGACAACGGAACAACCUACUGUYCAUCACAACGAACCUGUUAUGGAGAACCAACCAAUGGGAUCUGUUUGGUGCAUAUCCAAUGGUAAGAAGUACAAACACGGUGAAUUGUUAACCGACCCAAGCGCUUGCGAUAUAUGCAUUUGCUUCAACGCCAAAAUUGUUUGUCAAGAAAAUUGUCCAGCCGUCAAAGUAGGCUGCCAGAGAAUCAUCGACCCGAAAAAUAGCACUUGCUGUGGCCGUAUCAUUUGCAAUGAAUAUGAAAAUGAUAUUACUAUAGAACACGUGAAGCAAAUUGAAGUAACAUCUGAAACAGUAACAACCCCAUCCACAACCACAAYGAAUAUAAGAGAUACWGUUAUAGAACAUAUUUUAUAUUCUGCACCAUCAACUGAUAAACCAGCGAUUUCAUCACCUAACACUCUGAAGCCAAUGAACGUUUCUUCUGAAACGACUUCGUUAAAACCGAUCACGUCCACUGUAAAGUUGCUCACCACUUUGGCUUCAACCACUGAAAAAUUGGUAAUUUCUUCAACUUCAGCAACUAUUAAGCGACCAGAAGUCACAACAUCUGCACCUAAACCACCAGAAGAUGAAGAUUAUAGUUUUGAAAGUAUGUUUUCAUUUUUGUUCAACGGCGAUACGCCAGAACAAUCAUCAUCCCCGUCUCCACAGCCUUCGUCAACAAAUAAAAUGGAAUCAGAAAUUCGCAUUGAGCAUCGAACAGAUGACGAAAUUGACGAAAAAGUUCAUUUGGACGACGUCAAACACGGACAAGCCGAUUUCACGUCACUCCCCAAACAACAGCAUAAUCCUAAUUUGAACCCAGGAGAUACUGARCAGCAUGUGGAUUCUAAAUACCACCAGGAUACCAACCCAUACUUUGGUAUAAAUCAGAAUUCAAAAGACAAACAUAACAAAGUCAAACCACAGGAAACAAACAAACCUUUAGAAUCCAAACCAAAUACUGAGCUUAAACAAUACGUUAACGAUAAACUGAAUUCCGAAACUAAACAUCACGUCGACACCAAGCCCCCACAUUCAGGAACAAAUCAACACGUUGACAUUAAAUCACAUCAAGAAAUCAAGCAGCACGUUGACGUCCAAUCACAUCAAGAAAUCAAAACGGAUGCCAUCCCAUCUGGUACUAAGCAACAGGCUGAGGUUAAGACACAUUUCGAUGUUAAAGAAAAUGCUCAAGUUGCAUCGCCAUUUGAUUUGAAACUUUAUGAUGCAGUAAAACCAUCAUACCAUGACUUAAGUAACCAUCAAACUGAAGUAAAGUCACAAUUCAGUGUGAGAGAUCAACCCGAGUUCAAAAUACAUCCAGAUUCAAAGCUUCAAUCUGAUUCCAAAAUUUAUACCGAUAUCAAGCACCAAAGUGAAAUUAAUAAACACUUUGAUGUUAAAGAGCAUGUCGAASUCAAUCCGUAUUUUGAUUUCAAACAGCAGACAGAAGUUAAACAUCAUCCCGACUUUAAGCAACACGCUGAUGUCGGUUUACAAUCUGAAUUCAAUCAGCACGCUGAUGUAAAACCAAAUAUUAGGACAACACCACUGAAAACUAAGGUUGAUACUGAUUUCAAUUUAUUGGCUUCCAUGUUGAAGAUAUCUGGUUGCAAUAUAUAUGGACGUAUGUACCGAGUGGGGAAAAUAAUUUCUGAACUCUCCAAUCCAUGUUUAGAGUGUAUGUGUACAGAAAUCGGAGUACAUUGUAAUCAAUUGAAAUGUUGAUUCAGGCUGAAAGUUAAUUAAAGUGCACUGUCAGUCAAAACAAUAGUAUUCGCCAUAAACUCAUAAAUAUUACAAAUGGCCUAAUAGUA